UUCAAAUCUUAGGCCCCAUUCAAAGAUCUCACACCCUAACCAACGUAUCCCCCAUAAAACUUGUCCCCAAAUCUCAAAUCCCCAAACCCCAAAUCUCUGAGAAAAGUUGAAACAAUCAACCACAAGGGAAUUAAAAAAAAGAAAAGGGAAAAUGAAUGCUUCACCAAGUCCAUAACUGUGUUUACUCCUUUACGCCAAAGCCAUGGAUGAGUUGUUCUUGUUCCAAUUUCCUUCCAUUCCCAACCCUCAAAAUGAAACCCCACAAGAUAAGGUGUUGGAUUAUGUUGUUCCCAUGGAUGGCAGUGGCAAUACUCAUCUAUAUAGCAGCAUGGGAAGUGGAGCAACAGGCAAUGAUGAUGAUGAUGAUAAUGGUGAAAAGAAGAAGUUGAUGCAUAGAGAUGUUGAAAGACAAAGGAGGCAAGAAAUGGCUACCCUUUAUGCUUCUCUUAGAAACCUUCUCCCCCUUGAGUACACCAAGGGAAAGCGUGCAAUAUCAGAUCAUAUGAACGGGACAGUGAUGUACAUAAAAUAUUUGCAGAAGAGGGUUAGUGAACUGAGUUACAAAAGAGAUGAGCUAAAAAAGGUGUUGAAUUCGACUGGUUUUGACCAUGGGAUGAGCUCUGAUGGAGCUGUUUUAAGUACUGCUGUGGUUCACCAGUCUUUGGAUGGCGGUGUUGAAGUGGUGAUCAGCACUGGUUUUGGUGCUCGAGCUUUGACUCUAUCGAGGGUGUUGGAACUAUUGGUACAGGAAGGACUUGAUGUUGUGAGCUGUGUUUCUACUAGAAUCAAUGGAGGACUGGCUCACACUAUCCAAUCUGAGGUCACUGAUCUGACAUUGGUGGAUGUCCCUAGGUUGGAACAGAAACUGAGUGAAGAAAUUUCCUCCUUGAAUCGAAUUUCUUAGCUAGUAAUCCAUGUAUGCUGUUGCUCAGUAUUAGUAUUUGGGUAAGGUUUGGUCUUUUUCCACUCAGUAUAUGAACCAUAUAGUAUAUAGUAUAUUAUUAUUAUUAUUAUUAUUAUUAUUAUUAUUAUUAUUAUAUGUGAAUCUGAUA